AAGAUGGCGGAAAACGUGAAAGUUGCGGUCCGUGUUCGGCCUUUCAAUGAGCGUGAGAAGAAGAUGGAUGCAAACUGCAUCAUUAAGAUGCACGGCAACACAACGGAAAUCACAGAUCCAUCCAACAAGCAGGGCGCUCCAAAGAAGUUUACCUUUGAUCAAUCUUACUGGUCACAUGACGGGUACAAGGAGGGACCUGAUGGGUACCUGGAACCAUUUAACGGCAAGAGCCCCUAUGCAGAUCAGAAACGAGUUUUUAAAGAUCUGGGACUGACUGUGCUGGAGAAUGCUUGGAAAGGCUACAACUGUUGCAUGUUUGCAUAUGGCCAGACGGGCAGCGGCAAGUCAUAUUCCGUUGUUGGUUACGGAGCAAAUAAAGGAAUUGUACCAGAAACCUGUGAGAAACUCUUCAAUGGGAUUGAUGAAAGCAAGAGGACUGCUGACAAGUCUAAAGAGCAAGAAUUUCAAGUAUUUGUGAGCAUGUUGGAGAUUUACAAUGAGCAGGUUCGUGAUCUGCUGAACCCAACUUCCUUCAAGGUCAAAGGAGGGUUAAAGGUCAGGGAGCAUCCACAGAAAGGAUUUUAUGUUGAGUCCCAGAGCAUCUUCCCAGUGAAGAGUUACGACGACAUCAACGGAAGAAUCAACGAAGGAACUCGCAACAGGACCAUCGCAUCCACCAACAUGAAUGCAACAAGCAGUCGAGCACAUACCAUCGUAUCAAUAAAGUUUGUACAGAAAGGAAAGAACGACACCGGCCAGAACAUGACCAAGACCUCUAUUAUCAACCUGGUUGAUCUUGCCGGCAGUGAGCGAGUGGACAGUACUGGAGCGACGGGGGAUCGUCUAAAGGAGGGAGCUGCCAUCAAUCAGUCUUUAUCCUCCCUUGGUAACGUCAUCAAGGCACUGGCAGACCAAGGGCUUGGAAAAAAAGGCAUCAGAGUACCUUACAGGGACUCAAAACUCACGAUGUUACUCAAAAAUGCGUUGGGAGGCAACAGCAAAACCAUCAUGAUUGCAGCUCUAAGCCCCGCGGAUGUCAACUAUGAUGAAACCCUCUCUACUCUCAGAUAUGCUGACCGUGCCAAAGCCAUCAAGACGAAGGCCAUCGUGAACGAGAGCCCAACGGAUAAAUUGAUCCGUGAGCUGAAAGAGGAGAAUGCUCGCCUCAUGAAGGAGCUCCAAGCUAAGGGUGGAGUCGUAGGGGGACAGGAAGCCAUCAUGCAGGGGGUACCUGAAGAAGAGGUGGAAGGUUUGAAGAAGGUGCUUGAGGAGCAACUACAGAGGAACCAGCAGGAGAUGGACUCCAUGAAGCAGUCCUGGGAGCAACGCCUUAAGGAAGUACAGUCAGCCCAAGAGGAAAAAUUAGCGAAAGAAAUCCAGAAGAGAGAGGAGAUGAAAGUCACGCCGCAUUUCUGGAAUCUGAACGAGGAUCCAGCGUUAACCGGAAUGGUGGUGCACUUCACAAAGUCUGGGGUGACCAAGGUUGGAAAUCAGAAGGCAACACCUCCGCCUGAGAUCAUGCUGACUGGCCUCAGUGUACAGAAGGAUCAUGCGACUAUAACCAAUAAGAAGAGUGUUUGCGUACUGAAGCCAUCUGAGGGCGCUAAGGUCCUCCUGAAUGGCAAGGACCUUGUAGGAUCGCAAGAGCUCCACCAUAAUGACAGAGUGAUGUUUGGAUCAAGUCAUCUCUACGUCUUCCAUCAUCCUCAAGACCUCGCUAAGAAUCAGAAAGCCGGCAUGAAGGAGGAGAGAGUGACCUAUGACACGGCGCAGGAAGAGAUUGCCCAAAACGCCGGCUUCGAUAUGAUGAAGGGCCCCGAUAAGUCUAAAGAUGAUUUAUUGCUCCAAGAAGACCUGGUUCAGCUGAUGCCGAUGGUCAACGAGGCCAAUGCAAUGAGUGAAGAGCUCAAGAAGGGAGUCCGAUUUGAAAUCGUUCUCAUUUCACCACAGUCCAGGGGGCUGAAACACGGCAGGACACAGCUGGCGGUACUGAUGCGAUGCAAUAACAACGACAACGAGUUUCUAUGGGACAGGAAUAAGUUUCUGAACCGCAAAUAUCUGAUGCAGGAAAUGUACCAGAACUUUGUGGACGGCGACAAAGACUGGGACCUAGAGCAGGAUAUAGAUCCGUUCUGGGAGCCUCCAGACUCUGAAGUCAUGAUCGGCUGCGUCCAUGUCUACCUCCAGAGCCUCGGCUACCUCAUAGAGAUCGAGGAACUCCUUGGAAUCACAGACUUCAGAGGGACGGAGCAGGGCCUGCUUAAGGUAGAAAUCAACCCUUGCCACAAAGACGGCUCAGCGCUGGAUGAUGACGACUUUGUCGAUGACGCUAAAGAAUCGCUUGGACGGCAAGUUUCCUUCAACAUUGCACUACACCAUGCAAGAGGCCUACCAUCAAGAUUUCAAAAGAGUCGCUGCAAGUACCGUUUCUACCUGGACAAGAAUACCACAGACACAGCUGAAAUUGAGGGCACCUGCAAUCCUGAAUUUGGGCACAGUAAAAUCGUCUCCGUUAACGCUGUCACACAGCAGCUGCUUGACUAUUUCAGCGACAGUAAUUUGGUGAUUGAAGUCUGGGGCCGGCAGUCGGACACAAACAAGAAGCAGAGAAUCAGCAGAGGGAGGCCUAAAAGUGCAAAAGAGAAAAACAUGGAUUCUGACGAGAAAUAUCGGAUGUCCGUGGAGCUAAACACAGAACGGAAGAGAGUUGCACGACUGGAAUCUAAACUACACAAACUGAAAGACCUUGUGGUCCUGGCCCAAUCCAGAGGCGAGGAUUCCAUCGCCAUCAGAGACCUAGAGACCGCCCUGUUGGGGCGGGGGACAUCGGCACACUUCAAAGCUGCAGCGAGAGUCGUUGGCGUUACCGAAAACUCCAAAGUGGAUGGGCAGGUGACGAGCGCUGCUUGUAGUUUACAGUAGAACCAUCAAUUAGGCCAAGUAAAUAAAAAUACCAGUUGAUCAUCUCCUCCCUCACCUUUUUUUGAGCUUUUUUGUUUUUUCUUUCAAAAAGACAAAUUGAUCUGUGUAUUCUUCUUAAAACUUACUAAUCUUUUAAGACUUUAAACUUGAGAAUUGGUGGCCAGUUUGAAGGAAAUAUAAAAUAAAAGAUGAAAAGGCUCUCAUCCUCCUCUUUUUGGAAAACCAGGACGAUCAACUGUUUUUUUUAUAUAUUAUUUGGCCUUGCAUCAGAGAUUGUAGAAUAAGGCGGUAUCCGAAAUGGCGUAUACAGCUACGGCUACAGCUGUUGCUAAGGGUGUUGCUAAGGACGUCCUAUACCUCAACGCAUGAUGACG